AUGAAACGUACUAACUCUUUAUAUGUUGAGAAGCGUGAUGGACGUAGGGAAAAUGUUCAUUUUGACAAAAUUACUUCAAGAAUCUCCAAACUUUGUUACAAACUUAAUAUGGAUUACAUUGAUCCAUGUUUGGUAACGUUUAAAGUUAUCCAAGGAUUGUAUAAUGGUGUAUCAACAGUUGAAUUAGAUAAUUUAGCUGCUGAAGUUUCUGCAAGUAUGACGACAAUUCAUCCAGAUUAUGCUAUACUAGCUGCAAGAAUUGCUGUUUCUAAUAUGCAUAAACAAACAAAGAAAAGUUUUUCAGAAGCUAUGAGUGACUUAUAUAACUAUCGUCAUUCUGUAACAGGAGUACAUUUGCCAAUGAUAAGUGAGGAAACUCACAACAUCAUCAAAAAACAUGCUGAUAAACUUAAUUCUGCUAUCGUUUAUAACAGAGAUUUUGAUUUCUCUUAUUUUGGAUUUAAGACACUUGAACGUUCAUAUCUAUUAAAAAUAAAUGGGAAAGUUGCUGAAAGACCACAACAUUUAUUAAUGCGUGUGGCAGUUGGAAUUCAUGGGGAUGAUAUUAAUUCUGUUAUUGAAACAUAUGACUAUAUGUCUCAGAAGUGGUUUACUCAUGCCUCUCCAACAUUAUUUAAUGCAGGAACCAGACGUCCACAGCUGUCUUCGUGUUUCUUACUAACAAUGUCUGAUGAUUCAAUUGAAGGUAUAUAUGAUACUCUUAAACAAUGUGCAUUAAUUUCAAAAUCUGCUGGCGGUAUUGGAUUGAAUGUUCAUUGUAUUCGUGCUAAUGGUUCUUUUAUUGGUGGUACAAAUGGUACAUCUAAUGGAUUAAUACCAAUGUUGAGAGUUUUUAACAAUACAGCACGCUAUGUUGACCAAGGGGGAAAUAAAAGACCUGGAGCAUUUGCUAUAUAUCUAGAACCAUGGCAUGCUGACAUUUUAGAAUUUUUGGAUCUUAAGAAAAAUACAGGCCCUGAAGAAGAAAGAGCUCGUGAUUUAUUUUAUGGUCUUUGGAUUCCUGAUUUAUUUAUGAAACGUGUAGAGAAAGACUCUUAUUGGUCUUUGAUGUGCCCCCACGAAUGUCCUGGACUUGAGGAUACUUGGGGUGAGGCUUUUGAGGAAUUAUAUCACAAGUAUGAAAAUGAGAAACGUUACAGAAAACAAAUAAAGGCCAGAGUUAUUUGGCAAAAGAUUUGUGAAAGUCAAAUUGAAACCGGAACACCUUAUAUGGUUUACAAAGAUCAUUGUAAUCGUAAAAGUAAUCAACAAAAUCUUGGAACCAUUAAAUGUUCAAAUUUAUGUACUGAAAUUGUUGAAUAUUGUGCACCAGAUGAAGUUGCUGUAUGUAAUCUAGGAUCUAUUGCUCUUAAUAGAUUUGUUGAAGUUGUAGAUGGUAAACCUGCUUUUAAUUUCAAACAACUUCAUGUUGUUUCUAAAAUUCUAACUAAAAAUUUGAAUAAAAUUAUUGAUGUCAAUUAUUAUCCUGUCCCUGAAGCCAGAAAAUCAAAUAUGAGACACCGUCCAAUUGGUAUUGGUGUUCAGGGUUUAGCUGAUGCAUUUAUGCUUAUGCGUUAUCCUUUCACUUCACCUGCCGCUAAAGAACUUAAUAAGUUGAUUUUUGAAACAAUUUACCAUGGAGCAUUGGAAGCUUCAUGUGAAGUAGCUGAACGUGAUGGUCCUUAUGAGACAUAUGAUGGAUCUCCAGUAUCAAAAGGUAUUCUUCAAUAUGACAUGUGGAAUGUCAAACCAAGUGAUUUAUGGGAUUGGGAAACUUUAAAAGCAGACAUUGCAAAACAUGGUGUAAGAAAUUCUUUAUUACUUGCUCCAAUGCCAACUGCUUCAACUGCACAGAUUCUAGGAAAUAAUGAAUCUAUUGAACCAUAUACUUCUAACAUUUACACUAGACGUGUUCUUUCAGGAGAUUUCCAAAUUGUCAAUCCUCAUCUUCUUAAAGAUUUAAUUGAUCUUAACAUAUGGAGUGAAGAGUUAAUGAAUGAGAUAAUAGCUAAUAAUGGAUCUAUCCAAAAUAUUAAAGAAAUUCCACCUAAUAUUAAAGAACUUUAUAAAACUGUUUGGGAAAUAUCUCAAAAAGAUAUAAUUGAGAUGGCUGCUGAUCGUGGUGCUUUUAUAGAUCAAUCACAAUCGCUUAAUCUUCAUGUUGCUAAACCAUCAUAUGCCAUUUGUAGUUCAAUGCAUUUUCAUAGUUGGAAACGUGGAUUAAAAACUGGAAUGUAUUACUUAAGAACAAAACCUGCUGCUGAUGCUGUUAAAUUUAGUGUUGAUAAAUCAGCAAUACAAAAUUCUUCAAAAACUCCUUUAGGUGAAAAACAUGAUAAUGCAAAAGAAAAUGUCAUGAAGGGAAAGGUAAAUUCAAUUCGUGAGGAGGAUGAAUCUAUGUGCCUCUCAUGCAGUGGUUAA